UCAGUGUUCCUUUCCUGCCCGCCGCUGGCUGGUGUGUACCGGCUGUCGCUCACCGCCACAACGCGAUCCGUUUUACGAAAGCCCAAACGCGUAAUACCUUGGCCGUUCUGGUGUGGAAACUACAUUUUGCAAUUACAAACUUGGUUUUUGUGUUUUUCGCGGCUUGUUUCGAAAAACUUUUUUGGUGAUUUUUGUGAUUUUGAAUUAGUUGAUUUGGAAAGUUGUUUUUGGAUCGUUAGUGGUGACUGUUGAUGGAAACAUCAACAUCUUAAACUGUAGUCUACGUUCUAUCGUCAUGUGGUAGCGUGUGUACAAGGUGUGACGGGUCCGCAUGGCCCGCGGUAUCGGCCAGCCGCAGUACUCCCGCGCCCUGCGCUCCCUCCCCGCCCGCCAUGGUCAAAACGUUCCAGGCCUACUUGCCACAGUGCCACCGCACGUACUCGUGCAUCCACUGCCGAGCCCACCUGGCCAAUCACGAUGAGCUUAUCUCUAAGUCAUUCCAGGGUUCCCAAGGUCGAGCCUAUCUUUUUAAUUCCGUAGUAAACGUUGGAUGCGGACCAGCUGAAGAACGUGUUCUACUGACGGGUCUACACGCAGUAGCUGAUAUUUAUUGUGAAUGUUGUAAAACCACACUUGGGUGGAAAUAUGAGCAUGCCUUCGAAUCGAGUCAAAAAUACAAAGAAGGCAAAUUCAUCAUUGAACUAGCCCACAUGAUUAAGGAGAACGGAUGGGACUGACAGUACGAAUAGUGGUGCACCAGUGAACACCAUCUCUCAUCCAUUAUUUUCCUUUGUUGUACCAUCAAAAAUGUUCAAGAAGGACAAGCAAGCCACUAGUUAUAAACUCACAUUAAAUUGUAAUUUUUGUUUCCUAGAUUGGACCUAAUAUUUCAGUCGGUGUAGGUAGUUUAAAUUAACUUGAAAAUGGGGAAAUGGCGGAUGAUUAAAAAAAUAAAAUACUAUAUACAUUGUACUCUUUAAAAUAGUUUUUAAUAUUGGAAUUACACAAGACGACACUUAUAUAAGGUUAUUGUAAUGCAGUAAACACGUACUCUUAUAAAACAUCAGCUAUUUCUUCUCGAAACCAAUGACUGAAAUAUUAGCCGUUAAGUCGACGAUUUUAACUAUAAGUGAGCAUAUGAAGACUUGGUUGUAGUGCAGAACGCACUAGCAUUAAAGACACUUAUCGUAAAAGUGGAAUUUGUGACAAGAAGUUUUUGCGUCUUUAGGAGUAGGUAAUUUAAAGGUAUCUGUGGUAAUAAAAUUGACUUGGACUGUGACGCAGGCACCGAACAGAAAUUAUUUGUAUUUUAUUGCCACAAACGGUGUCUUAGCAAAUAAAUUAAGUAUUUAAACGUUUUUCACAAUGUCAAAAUAGACGCUAUAGUUAUCUUUAAGUAUCGACUCUUCACUAAUUCUUACCGUUUUCUACCCAUGUUGCAUCAGUAUUUCAAACGUAUAUAUUCAACAAGUUCUCGAGUGUGUUAAACAUAUGAUGUAGAUGGGAUUAAGCUUCUAGGGUUGGUUUAGCAAUUGUACAGCAGCUUAAAUAGGUAAAAAUUGAGUGUUGAGCUUCAACUACAAUGGGCUCUUGUCAACUAUUGUGCUGACUAUUUAAUGGCGCUGGUAAUAAGAAUCACGUGCGUGUAAAAACACAAUGUCUAAAAUAAGAGCCUUUACACAUCUAAGAAAACUAUUGCUGGAAAUAUCAGUGCCAUUUACUUUAGCGUUUCCUUCUUCUAGUCGGACUGUAUGGGAUCAAAGAAUGAGUGCAAUAUAGAUAAUCAGCUUAAGAGAGCAAUUUGAGAUACAUCAUAUAAAUAUUUUUUUAUUUGUCUUAUUUCGUUGGUUCUUGUGAGAAAAUAAUUUUAAUAUCGCAGAAUUUAAUAUUGUAAUAGUAUUAUUCAGGGUCUUUGAAAUGCAAAGUAAAUAUACAUACAUAUUUUCGAAAUUGACUAAAAAUAACUUCAGUGUUUAUAAGUGCCCACAAUAAUGAAUGAAAACAUUUCCAGAAUAUUCUAAGAUUAGAUUUGGCAUCCAAAUGUACUCAAGUAAAGCGUAAAAUUCGCAUACAAAACUUUUAGAUAUUUAACUUUCUUUAAAAUAAUUUAGUUUGAAUUUUAGUAAUUAUUGUAAUGUAAUAUAGGAUUACUAUAGAUAUGUGUACGUGGUUGGUACAUUCAUUGUGAUCUAUUAUUUUAGAAACAUAGUUACAAAGCAUCUAAAAUCAAUCUAAAAAUAUAUUUACUAAAAAACCAGUGGGUUAAAAUUUAAAAAAACAUUCAUAUUUCUAUAUAGUUUUUACUUGAAUGACUUGUAUGACAUGUAUCUAAAUGCACUUAAAAGUACAUUCAUUUAAAUACAAUAUUCUUAAAUCCAUAAACUACAAUUUUAAUUUUGGCGUUUUUUGACUGGAUUUUGCCACUUGUUGACAAAACAUUAAUGAAUAAAAUAUAUUAUGUACUGUGCUAAAAGUAUAAUUUUAAUCUGUAUUACUAUGCAUUUUUAUCUAUAAUUAAUUUUAUCGAAUAAAAAUAGGACAAUACACAUUUUUUUUUACUUGAAGACAGAUAUUUUGAUUCUUUAGUGAUUUUCUGGUGAGCAACAUCCUAGAAUAAGAAAACUGGACUAUAUUAUUUUAAAUAGGGCUGAAAUAAUAUGUUACAUACUCCUUGGUGUAUUUGUUGUUUCGUAUAAUUAAAAUGACAAAAAUUAUUUUCUCACAAGAACAAUAAUUUCAAGAAUACUGAAAAAAAAUCUGUAUUGUAUUUUUCUACAAAAUUAACAAAAAAAUACUUUUCUAAUAUAAAAUGAUGUUUCUUAACAGAUGCCAAAGAGAUUCCGAAUAUUACCGAGUCUCUGAUUUCAUCGCCAUAAUAUUAGAAUGAAACUCACAGUUUACGAAAACAAGGUCCAGCUUUUAGACAAUGAAUAAAGGAUACAAGGACGCGUAACGGGCAUAUAUGGGCUGUCGCAAAAUUUGUGAUGUUAGAUGCCAUUUUGUUGGAGAUAACGGAUGUGUCCCAGUAUGGAGUGUAGAGAUGUGGAAAAAUAUCUCUUAUGGGACUUUAUUUGAAAAAGUGGUCACAAAAAUAGAAAGAAUAAGGGUUCACCAAGUGACCACAGUGGCGCUGAUAACGCAUAAAUUUAAAAAAUGUAAAGUAACAAUAGAUAAGAGAAUAAAAGUAACAUAACCAAACAUUACUCAAAAAAGCUAUGUUUUUAUUUUUUAGAAUAUAUAAAACAAUUAUUUUUAUAUAUUAGAGGCCCAGUCUAUUGCUGCUGAAUAAAAAUCGAUAAUUUAUUUCAUGUGACAUGAAAAUAAAAUUUGUUUUUUUUUUAAACCCUCGUCUUCGGGUCAAAUAAUUAUCUCUUUUGAAUCAUUUUCACAUACAAGUAUUUUAAAUUUUAGGUUUUUGCUACAGCAGCGCCAUCUUAUGUCUUCCCUUUUUUAUGACCCUCCAUUUUUUAAUGCACGAAGAUAUUUCUCCUUAUCUCUACACUCCAUAGUCACCAGAGGCAAUUUUAGCGAUUAUUAAUAGUCUGUUGUGUGUAGUGAACUUUGUAUAAAUGUUAUUACAAUGGUUCAGCUUUCAAGUGUAAAAGCCACAACGAUAAGAAAGAGCCAGGAAUUAUUUUUAAAACAGUUAAUUUUCGGUACUCAACCUUUUUAGCGUUUUCUUAUUGAAUUUCAUAAUUAUUUUCCUGAAAUUAUACUAUGUAUGUAUGUCCUAACAUAUAUUAUAGUCCAUACUAGUUUUGUACCUUUUGUGAACGUUUUAAUACGUAUUUUACGUUAAAGAAGAAGCACCCACCAUGGGCGUAGGCGAAACAUUAAUCAAAAAUAUAAAUAAAUAAAGAUUAUUCAUAACUAAAUAAGUCUAAUAAGCGUAACAGUAACUAAUAAAUUAUAUUUUUAACAAUUUUCUCUUUACUUUUUUUUCUCUACUUUCGAUUUUUCGAAAUUAGA